CCCCACCACUCAUACUGUGUUGUUGUCAUUGCAGGAUGGAGUACCCAGACAGCGUACGAGAGAUGAGUCGCCUGCUGCAGGAGGCCGCCCUCACUGAGGAGGCGCCCACGCCCCCUGAGUCCCCGCCAAGUCCCCCCGCCGCCUGCCACCCGCACGCAGCCCAAACACAGCCGCUGGACCGCAACGGCGGCACUGCCACUCACCAGUGCCAGCAAAAGGAAAAGAGCAGUGACCCAACCGCGGCCGUGGGAGGGGUCACGGCGGGGGGCGGGGCGGGGGGCGGGGCAGACGUGGAGCGGCCCGCCAGCCCGAGUGGUCCCGUCAGUUUGUCGCAGAUCUUGGACCGGCCGGUGUACGCCGCCGCCGCCCCGCUCUCGUCCCAGCAUCCCACCGCCCCCGCCCCGCCCCAAGCCCCCGCCCCCCAGCCCUCACCCAUGCCGGUGGCCACCAUGGGAAAUGGCACGUCAGGCCAGACUGGCGGCCACCACCACCACCACCAUCACCACAACCACCACCCCAAGGAGGGGCCCCCGGGCGGGCCGGGCCCCGGGAACGGGCGCGGGGCCCCCAAACCCGUGUAUCCCGAAGACUACAACUACCUCAAGGGCCUCGUGCCCGAGCUGAAGGCCGACGUGCGGGAGCGUGACCUGCGGAUCGACGUGCUGGAGGCCGAGACGCUGGACAUGCGGCGCCAGCUCAAGAAAACCACGGAGGAGGUGACGCGCCUCCGCCGCGAGGUGCACAAACUCAGGAGUGUGUUGCAGCAGCAGGAGGUGAGGCUGGCGGGUGACGGGGACCUGCUCUCGACCCUCCAUGAGCAACACGUGAUGGCUGGCCAGGGCUCCAUGAACAAGAAGCAGGGCGUGUCCGGCGAGUCCUGCUUCCAGAACAAGACGGCCGAGAAGAUACAUAUUCAGCGCUUUGAUAAGGAUUUCAGGUCGAAGCAGCUGAUCAAGGACUCCAUUAUGGACAACGACUUCCUCAAGCACCUGGACGCCGGGCAGGUGCGGGAGAUCGUCGACUCCAUGUACCCGCAAGAGUUCCCGGCGGGCUCCUGGGUUAUCCGGGAAGGCGACGUGGGCUCGCAUCUCUACGUCUCGGCCAUGGGGGAGCUGGAGGUCGUGAAGGACGGAGACAUACUGGGCAGGAUGUCUUCCGGAAAGGCCUUCGGAGAGCUCGCCAUCUUGUAUAAUUGCACCAGGACCGCCAGCAUCAAAGCCGUGACGAACGCCAAGGUGUGGGUGCUGGACCGCCGCGUCUUCCAACAGGUGAUGAUGCGCUCCGGCCUCAAGCGCAUGGAGGACAACAUCAACUUCCUGUCCAGCGUGCCGCUCUUCCAAAACCUCAACAAGGACCACCUCACCAAGAUCGCGGACGCCCUUGAGGUGGACUUCUAUGCCCCGGGGACUUACAUCAUCCGCCAGGGGACCAGCGGGGACUCCUUCUACAUCCUCAAGUCCGGCAAAGUGCGAGUCACACAGAGAGUCACAGGCAAGACUGAGGAGGAGGAGAUUCGGGUGCUGCAGAAGGGGAACUACUUCGGCGAACAAGCACUGCUGAGGGAGGAAUGCCGCACCGCCAACGUCAUCGCCAUGGCCCCCGGCGUGGAGUGCCUCACCCUGGACAGAGAGUCUUUCAUCCAGCUGAUCGGCGACCUAUCGGAGCUGCGGGAGAAAAUCUACGGCGACGAAGGCCGCGUCGUGUCGAGGCCGUCCACGGGGCCGCACAACGUGGACGCCGUGGCAGAAUACGCCUACAUCCGCCUCGACGAUCUAGAUGUUCUUGCCACCCUGGGCGUCGGCGGGUUCGGGCGCGUGGAGCUGGUGCAGUACGCCCACGAUAAGACCCUAACCUUCGCCCUCAAGUGCCUCAAGAAGCAACACAUCGUGGAGACGCAGCAGCAGGAGCACAUCUACUCGGAGAAGCGGAUCAUGAUGUCCAUCCACAACCCCUUCAUCGCCAGACUCUACAAGACUUUCCGCGACCACAAGUACGUGUACAUGAUGAUGGAGGCGUGCCUGGGCGGCGAGGUGUGGACGCUGCUCAGGGACCGCGGCUGGUUCGAGGACCUCACGGCGCGCUUCUACACGGCCUGCGUGGUGGAGGCGCUCGAGUUCCUCCACGCCAAGAACAUCAUCUACAGGGACCUCAAGCCGGAAAACCUCUUGUUGGACUCGACAGGUUACGCGAAGCUGGUUGACUUUGGGUUCAGCAAGAAACUCGGCCCCAGCAGCAAGACGUGGACGUUCUGCGGCACGCCGGAGUACGUGGCCCCGGAGAUCAUCCUCAACAAGGGCCACGACAAGGCCGUGGACUACUGGUCCAUUGGCAUCCUCAUGUAUGAGCUGCUGACGGGCACGCCACCUUUCACUGCUUCUGACCCCAUGAAGACCUACAACAUCAUUCUGAAGGGAAUUGACAUGGUAGACUUCCCUCAACACGUGACCCGCACUGCCACCUCCCUCAUAAAAAGGCUGUGCCGUGAGAGCCCUGCAGAAAGGCUCGGCUACCAGCGUAAUGGCAUCCAAGACAUUAAAAAACACAAAUGGUUCCUUGGCUUUGACUGGGAUGGCCUGAGAGCAAGGUCCCUUCAACCUCCAAUAAUCCCUAAGAUUCGAAGUCCCACCGACACAAGCAACUUUGACUCCUACCCAAGAGACGUAGACGUUCCUACCGAUGAGAUCAGUGGAUGGGAUCUCGACUUUUGAAGUGUCUCUGAAAGUAGGAAGUCACCUUUACUGCAUAAAAACAGUGAGAAUAAUAUAUCCUUAUAUAGUGACAACCCUUAAACUUAAAGAAAACUCUAAAGCAUAAGUGACCAAGCCCACAGAAAAUACCAGUAGAACAAACACUAUGUGGGAAUAUUUCUGUGCACACUGAGAGCAGCCUUUGUGUCAGGCCUGAGUUGCAGGAGAACGUUCCCACAGUGCUGCUGAGAAGGGCAGACAGUCAUGUUGCUCGAAACAAAGACUGUGACUGAUGUGUUUGAGCAAGGUGAUGACCUCUUCACAUAUUGACCUCAUGUGGAGGCCUCCCAGGUUACUACAUGAGAUUCAGUAAGUUAUUGCUUUUCCUUCCUACUAUGCAUUCUUUGUUUUCUUAAUUUCACUUUAUAAUCAGCCCUUAUCUUUUGAUGAGUUAAUUUCAUAACUAUGCCAAUGAAUAACUUGAUGAAGGUUUACCAUGUUUCAUCUGGUAGUAAAUACUGUGUAAUUUAUGUUUUUUGUGUAAAAAUAUAUCUUAUGACAGCAGAUGUUUUCACACUUCCACUUUGAACUCUCUGAAGUGAAGAGCAUCCGAUGUAGGCAAACUGAAGAGCAAGUGUUGACAAAAUACGUAACUGCUCAAUGUGUUGUCAAUGGGUUGUGAGUCCUGUCCCACAUUUCAGGAAUUAGCAAUGGGUAAAACUCAGCAUUUGAUAGCCUGAGAACUGGAUUUCUAAGAAUGUAGUGUUGUGUAGACCAGUGUGAGUUUAUUUUAUCUACUUGGUAAAACAGAUACAAAAAAGAAAAUCUAUUGAAGUAAAUUUAUUGCAACAGAGGACCCUUUGUGAUUUAAUACAUAGGCACCAAACUAGAAAGAUGAAAAAUGAAUUGGCUGUUUGAUAGACACUAAUAUUUCUGAAUUUAAAAGUGUAUGUAGAUUCACUUUUUAAGACUUUUGUAUUUCAUUUUUGUAUUAAUAGAUUUUAUAAUGAAAUUUCACAAAAGUCUGAUUGUGAAGUUUCAAAUGGAAUAUACGCUUUGUUGUAAAUGCUAAAAUUAAUGGAAUUACUGGUCCUUAUUACUGGGAUUCAAUCUGAUGUAUAUAAUCACACAUGUUACUUUUUAAAAAUGAAGGAAGGUCAGUAUACCUAUGACCUUCUUGUUCUUGAUUUUAUAUUCAGUUUUUAUAAGAUUUAUUUAACAGUCCUUGCUUUGUAACUAGCUCUGUGUUAGCAUACAGUAACGCCUUAACACCACACAUAUGAGAGAGGUAUCACAUAAGUUGCAUCUUUUUUGGCACCAACCAGAACAUGUAGAAGUAAUGGUACAAUUAUGAAAUGUUUAAAGAUAAGUAUAGUUCAAAUUUAUGAUGAUUUUCAAGAGGUACCUAGAUCACAGCACUUUGGAUUUAUAAUCAAAGUCUGGUACUUAGUUGUUGUUGUCAACUUGUUUUGUUUUAAUGAUUAUAUACCUGCUUUCCCAAGGUUUUGUGCACACAACCAAGGAGUGCAAUGUUCACUGAGAGCCUUUUCAUCCAGAUUAUACAUCCUUUGAAGCAAUUGUUGCAUACUGUCAGCGAGGGGUGGUGAUAGACUUGAAAUUAUUGUGUCCAAAGACAAUCCAAAAAUAUUAAUACACAGUCACCUGCCACACCUCCUCCAGCCACACCUCCUGCAAGAGCCGCCAAGUAAGUGGUUACACACAGUAAAGGCUCUGGGUUGCCACACUUGCUUAACCAACCAGGUGUGAAAUAUUACAUCAAAACUUAUAUCCCAAACAAAAUUUUUAAGCAUGCUGCUAUUACUUUGACCCUUGUUUAAAAAAUAUUAUUAUUUUGUAAUUAUUUUAUACAAAAUACCUUCAGGUAAUUACUUGUCUUGAAAACAUUAUUAAUCAUACAAUGUUUUGUUCAUAAGAUUUGAUCUUUGAAGGAGUCAUUUAGCAUGUACAGAAACACCUCAUCCAAAACCUGUAGCUGCUGAGUGUGUAUAGUUUGGAUAAAAAAAAAAAAAACUCAGAUUUUUUUUAAUAUUUGUAUUAUGGCAGUCAUCUGUGUUCAAAUUUAUAAUUGUAAGUUUUUAUUUAGUCAUGUCAGCAUAAUGUGUUUAUGUUCCCUAGCUGUAUGAAGUUCUUUCACAGCUUAAUUUUUUGACUAGUGUAUGUGAAGCCUACUCAGGUGAGUGGACGAAAGCUACUGUACAUAUUGUUGCUUACAUGUGAUGCUUUAGAAGGUACAAUGCAAGGUAGCCCUGGACUCAGGGUCAGUGUUUACAGUAUGUAUAAGCAGUGAGCAGCAGCUGUCACAAAGUCAAAGAAAAUUUCAUGGAACAAUCCCUACAUGUGUUGGAUAGCCACAGUCACUUUUGCACAAGAUAAGCAUUAAGACCAUGUAUGUUGGAUCAUGUGUGUUGGUUUGAUUGUUGUUUCCUGAAACUUCCAUCCCAAACCCUCCUUGUCUGCAUUUCAUUAUUUUUCUGCAAUGAUAGUCAUUGAAUCAUGCUGCCUUUGAGCUGAGCUUCCCCAACACCACACAGCAAAGAGACAUCCUAACAUGCAAGAAUUAUAUUUUUAAACUACAUAAGUUUUGGGCAUUUCUGAAGUAAUGCAAGAGUGUGUUAUAUAUUGCAAAUAUAUAUUUAACUUGUAUAGUAAAGUAUUGAAUUUUACCUGAAUAUGUUACAAGUGUCAUUUUCCAGUAGUUUUUGCUGCUAUAAGCCUUCUUUUCCUUUAAACAAUGGCCAUUGUUGCAUUACAAGGAAGUGACAGUUUUUGCUGCCUUACAGAUACUGAGAGUAUAUUGCCAGACUGUGUGUUAGUACUCCAUUUGCUCACUCUAAUAUAUCUAAUUAUGAUACUGGAGGGAACUUACAUCUCAGCAGGUUAACAUUUCUGGCAAAUGAAAAUAGUUUUCAACAAAAUAUGGAAAUAGAUUCUCAAAGUGAAUAUUUUUUAUCAUUUAAAAUUUGUCUGUUUUCUAAGAGAAGCAAGAUGAAUGUUCUCUGUUUUACAAUAAAUUUAUUAGAAUUUCAACAUUUAGUCAACAAGCAGUCAAAUAGACAUGCAUGUUCAUUUUUAGCAACUUGGCUUACAACAUGAAAUUUUUCAGAUAGUUAUUUUUCUCCAUUAUCUUGCGAUUCAGUAUUUGUAUUAUUUCAGAGUCGAUUAUUUUU